GAAACCAACAGGUGCCACCCCAUAGACAUCAUGCCUUCUUCUCUUGCGAAAGCGUUGGUUACGUCCGGCGCGGUGUUGGUGACCUCGCCUUGCUCGCUAGUCUCUGCAUUUGUUGCUCCUGCCGGAGGCCUCCCGCGUGCGGGUCCCGGGUCCUCGGCCGCGGCAGCAGCUGCCAGGACUCCCGUCGUUGGGAGGACGCCUCAUGUUCUCAUGAGCACCCUCGUGGACAAAGACAAAGAGGAGGUGACGGAGUACUUCAACAACAACGGGUUUGAACGGUGGAACAAGAUCUACUCCGAGUCGGACGAGGUCAACGACGUGCAGCGAGACAUCCGCACCGGCCACGGCCAGACCAUCGACAAGGUAUUGCGAUGGGUGGAAGAAGACGGAAGCGCCAAAAGCGUCUUCUGCGAUGCUGGUUGCGGAGUUGGUUCGCUCUCGAUCCCGCUGGCAAGGCUCGGAGCCAAGGUCGCUUCGUCCGACAUCUCGGCGGCCAUGACUGGGGAGGCCGAGGAAAGGGCGAAGGCCGAGCUGGGGAGGGACGCGAAGCGGAUAAGCUUCACUACCUCGGACCUGGAGAACCUCACGGGCAGUUACGACACCGUUCUCUGCAUUGACGUCAUGAUCCACUACCCCACGGAAAAGAUGUCGGACAUGGUUAGCAAGCUAUGCAGCAUGUCUAAGAACCGGGUGAUCCUGUCCUUCGCGCCGGACACUUGGUACUACUCUCUUCUCAAGAAGAUUGGGGAGCUUUUCCCUGGCCCCUCGAAGACCACUAGGGCGUACCUGCACACGGAAGAGGCGGUCAGGAAGGCUUUGGCGGCGGAAGGCUUCGCCAUCAAGAGAACAGAGAUGACUUCGACCAACUUCUACUACUCCCGCAUGCUGGAGGCUGUUCGGGAGUAGACGCUGCCAUCAACAGCUACUGGGCGGCACAGAACGGACGCAAGCAAAAAUGAUGGCAAGCUCGGGGGAAAGGACGGAGCCGUCAAGAGGACGCGCAGCAGCGUGUGUGCUAGUUUGGCUACUACGCCAUGUGUAGGGCGCGUACGGAGUACUUUCGAGGGUUAGACUAGUUUAGUCCAAGAGUGACUUGUCUUGCGCGUAGAGGAGUGGGCGAGGUACGACGAAGAAUGGAGGUGGCUUGAACUGGUCGCCAGUGGUGAGAGAACUAGCACUGUUGGCACCGGCUCUGUUACGAUUGUUCGCUGUGAUGGGACGGAAUGAUAACGAUGCGUGUAGAAGGGAUUUUAUUGAGCCGCAACUCGUUUGCAUUGAAGGUUGCCGCAGAGCCUUCAGGCGUUUGUUUUGAGGAGUGUCAUGUUCCACAUUUGAGGAAUAUCUGGAGGGCGACUACAACACCCGUGAUUCAUGGUCGAUUUGUCAGCAGCGGACGCCUUGCUUGCUUUCAUGUACUUUUCCCGAAACCCCAACACCCUAAUUUUGUGAGCGCAUCAGGGGAGGGUGGGGUAGAGUUUUUUUGGUUGGCGAGGGACUGGCCUAACCUUGUAGCCAUGGUCUCCCAGAUGCAGUUUUGGCAAGUAGAGUGAAGGUGACCCAAGUGGAGUGAAAGCACAUCACAGUUCUCCAGAGGCGAGCUGUGUUUUUGUCAUUC